AUGGCGACGGUUAUCCAGGAUGCUCUGAGGGCGGCGGAGCAAGUCACGGAGCAGGUGGCCGAGGGCGUGGCCAAGCACAUUGCCGGCGACUCCGAGGACCUUUACUCGACUGACGGGUACACGUCAGACGAAGACGACUACGAAUACGACUCUCUGGCCGAGCUCAGUGCCCAACAACAGUGGGAGCAGAGCGUCGACCAGAUCGAGCGGUUGUUCAGCCAGGUGGUGUUCCCGUUGAUCGGGAAGGCGUUGGGGCGCAAGUUCAGCCACUUGGUGUGGGGGCGGGUCGCCACCUGGUGGUGGGGGUAUUAUUAA